UCGUUUCUCCUUCCCCUGCACCAUCUCACUUUGGUUCCUAGGGAAGUUAUUGCAGAUUCUGCAUGGGGGAUUCCUGAGUGAUCGAGGUGGUCAGAGCUGUGCUAGGUGUGCUGCCAAUAAACAACAAACAUGGCAUCAGAAAGGCUAGAUCCUCCAAAUUUGCCAGAUUUCACCAUUCUUAAAAGGUUGGCUCGAGACCAGCUGAUCUACCUCCUGGAGCAGCUCCCUGGAAAAAAAGAUUUGUUUAUUGAACCUGAGCUGAUGAGCCCUCUGGAUCGGAUUGCCAAUGUCUCAAUACUGAAGCAACAUGAUGUUGACAAAUUGUAUAAGAUUGACAACAAACCCAUUUACACCAACGCUGACCAAUUGUGCUUUUUAAUAAGGCCUCGUAUUAAACAUGUGAAGAAUAUUGCCAACCUUGUAAAUAAAGACAAGAAAUCUAAAAUCAGUAGAAAGUACAAGAUCAUAUUUAGCCCCCAAAAAUUUCAUACAUGUGACAUGAUUCUGGAGCAGGAGGGGAUAUAUGGUGAUGUGACCACUGAUGAAUGGUCUUUUUACCUCCUUCCACUGGAUGAUGAUAUUAUCAGCAUGGAGCUGCCAGAAUUUUUUCGGGACUAUUUUCUAGAAGGAGACCAGAGGUGGAUUGCCACUGUCCCCCGAGCGCUUAAUUUAUUGAAUUCCAUCUUUGGCCCAAUCUCGAAGAUAUACGGAAUAGGAAGAUGUUCUAAGAUGGUCCUUGACAUAUGGCAGGCGUACCUAGAUCAGGAGGAAAGCGAUCGGAAAGACCGAAAGCCAGAAAUCGGACAUGUAUUCAUGAUUGACAGAGAUGUGGAUUACGUCACUCCAUUGUGCUCGCAGGUGGUGUAUGAAGGGCUUGUUGAUGAUAUUUUCCGGAUUAAAUGUGGAAGUGUGGAGUUUGGACCAGAAGUCACAUCUUCUGAUAAGAGUAUUAAAGUUCUUCUAAACUCUCAGGAUAAGGUAUUUGGUGAAAUUCGGAAUGAACAUUUUUCCAAUAUCUUCAGCUUUCUGAGUCAGAAAGCUCGCAAUCUGCAAAGUCAGUAUGAUAAACGUCAAGGAAUGGACAUUAAACAAAUGAAGUCUUUUGUUUCCCAAGAACUGAAGGGAUUGAAACAAGAACAUCGGUUACUGAGUUUACAUAUUGGGGCCUGUGAAUCUAUAAUGAAGAGGAAAACCAAACAAGAUUUUCAAGAAUUACUAAAAACAGAGCACUCGCUACUGGAGGGCUUUGAUAUUCGAGAGAGCAUCGGUGUAAUAGAAGAGCACAUUAACAGACAGAUCUCCCCCAUAGAUAGCCUACGCUUGCUAUGUCUGCUGUCCAUCACAGAGAAUGGUUUAAUACCUAAAGAUUACAAAUCACUGAAGACUCAAUACUUACAGAGUUAUGGCCCAGAGCAUCUGUUGACAUUCUCCAACCUAAAACGAACCGGCCUCCUCACUGAACAAGUCCCGGGAGAGACGCUGACUGCUGUGGAGAGCAGAGUCAGCAAACUGGUCACAGACAAAGCAGCAGGAAAAAUUACUGAUGCGUUCUCAUCUUUAGCCAAGAAGGGCCAUUUCCGAGGCAUCAGCAAAAGACUUGGACUAAUUCCACGUGUGGAUGGAGAAUAUGAUCUGAAAACCCCAAAGGACAUGGCGUAUGUCUAUAGUGGAGCUUACAUUCCAUUAAGUUGUAAAUUAAUAGAGCAGGUUUUGACUCGUAAAGGUUGGACGGGUCUUGAAGAAGUCACACGUCUGCUUAAUGGCAAUGAGUUUGCAGAGCAAAUCUCGGAUAGGAAUUCAUAUUCGGAAUCACAGAGGAUCAUCCUGGCAGUUUUCCUUGGAGGAUGCACAUUUUCAGAGAUCUCAGCGUUGAGGUUUCUGGGAAAAGAGACAGGUUACAGAUUUGUUUUUCUAACCACGUCUAUUACAAAUGCUGCACGGAUGAUGGAAUCAUUGACAGAGACUAAAUCAUGACCCAUCGGGGAUUGCCAUGUUCUUACAGACGGUGACACUGGACAACCAUGAUCUUGCCGAAUUCUCAUAACAUGUGAACUCAUUAGUAUGAAAACAUUCCCUGCAACUGACAAGUCCAAAAAGAACUAAUUGUACAUACUGUACAUGGGAAAUACUUAAAGGAACUCCAUUAAUAACAGAUCCUUUCUUCAUCAAAUAAACGUCUGUUAAAGGGAAACUGUAGUCUUUUAAAACCUGUUUACAGAUAUAUUGUAUGUGACUGUGAUCUGCUUACCGUAAAUAAUACUACAAAUUAACUUUUGUAUUUUAGCUGUGUAUAGUUUUAAAUAUACUGUAUGCACCGUACAGGUUCUGCUGCUUGCUCAUUAGUGCUAAUCAAUGACUUUGCUUCCAUUCCUCUCUCUCAGUGUAAGUCUAUGGGUCAAGUUUUAUCUAUUAAAAUGUAUCAGGCCAAAUGAGCUUUUCUACAA